AAAAGAUUAUCUAGGUGACUAUUUAAGACAUAACAAUAAAACAAGAGGUUAUAUUCGAAACCUUUGCACUUUUAUUUAAUAAACUUCGUAACUUUCAAAGACUUCUGUCUGCUCGCCGGAGCGCGUGAUCCACAAUACCUAACAACAAAAAAAAGCGAUGGCGAUUAUCUACGCGGUAGUGGCAAGGGGCACGGUGGUGUUAGCAGAGUUCAGCGCCGUAACGGGAAACACAGGCGCCGUGGUACGACGAAUCCUCGAGAAGCUUUCGCCGGAAACCGCAGACGAGAGACUCUGUUUCUCCCAAGACCGUUACAUCUUCCACAUCCUCAGAUCCGAUGGGCUUACCUUUCUCUGCAUGGCCAACGAUACCUUUGGAAGGAGGAUCCCGUUCUCGUAUCUGGAAGACAUUCACAUGAGGUUCAUGAAAAACUACGGGAGAGUGGCGCGUAGUGCUCCAGCUUACGCGAUGAAUGAUGAGUUCUCGAGGGUUUUGCAUCAGCAGAUGGAGUUCUUCUCUAGUAAUCAUCAGAGUGUUGAUACUCUCAAUCGUGUCAGAGGAGAAAUUCGAGCGGUGAUGGUGGAGAAUAUUGAGAAGAUAAUGGAGAGAGGUGAUAGGAUUGAGCUUCUUGUUGAUAAAACAGCUACGAUGCAAGAUAACGCGUUUCACUUUAGGAAACAAUCGAAGCGAUUACGCCGAGCUCUCUGGAUGAAAAACGCUAAGCUCUUGGUAAUGUUGACGUGCUUGAUAGUUCUCAUGCUGUACAUAAUCAUCGCAUCUUUCUGUGGUGGCAUCACAUUACCCUCCUGCAGAUCUUGAUCUCAGAGGCUCGCUCUCUUGAAGGUAAUGGUUAACCGGGACAGACCACUGUUUUUUUUUUUUGUAAAUCAACUCAGUCGCAUCCUUUCAGUUUUCGGUCUUGAUUUUUUUUUGUCAUGAAGAUUGCAGUGAGUUUUGAGGUUACAUGGCAUGGUCCUCCUAGCUUAUGUAACACUCUUGUAAAUGUGAAAAUGAUACAGAGUUUCCUAAAACAUUGUACCUUCCCUUUUUGAGUUUUGGUCACUUGAGUGAGUUUUUGUUCUCCGUAUUUCCAAAACUGUGUCCGGUUUGUCAUAUACACAGCAUUUCUAGUUUUAUGAUUUCUUUCUAUUCAUC